GCGGUCCGGACGCCCAGAACACAGCAGGCGGUGGGCAAUAGGCGCUACGGACGCAGCGUGGGUGCCGGCGAGGGUACAGCACUGACAGCGGCCUCUGGACUGCGCGACGAGUGGACGGUAACUUCAGAGCCUGCAGACAAAAGAAAAUGAAGGAAGAUUGUCCACCCAGUUCUCACGUGCCCAUCAGUGACAGCAAGUCCAUUCUGAAGUCAGAGCUCAUAAGCCUGCUGAAAACCUACAACUGCUACCAUGAAGGCAGAAGCUUUCAGCUGAGACACCGAGAGGAAGAAGGGGCUCUGAUCAUCGAAGGGCUCCUCAACAUUGCCUGGGGACUGAGACGGCCCAUCCGGCUCCAGAUACAGGAUGACAGGGAGCGAAUGCACCUCUCCUCAACCUCCUGGAUGCCUGGCCAGCCCAGCUGCCACCAAAAGGAGCCACCUCUUCAGGAUGGCAGGGUCACUGCCCAGGAGCCACGUGUUCAGCCCACCGAGCACAGGGCUGAGAACUCCAGAGACCGCUCAGAGCCUCUGGAGGAGGAUGAGGAGACCCCUCAGCUGAUGCGGACCAAGAGCGACGCGGCCUGUGUGAUCCAGAGGCCCAGGUGCCGGGCCCCUGGCGAGGCCCAGAGGCUCCGGAGACACCGCUUCUCCAUCAAUGGGCACUUUUACAACCACAAGACCUCCGUGUUUACUCCUGCAUACGGAUCCGUGACCAACGUGAGGGUCAACAGCACCAUGACUACCCUGCAGGUGCUUACCCUUCUGCUGAACAAGUUCCGAGUGGAAAAUGGCCCCAGUGAGUUUGCACUCUACAUCGCUCAUGAGUCUGGGGAGCGGACAAAAUUGAAAGACUGUGAAUACCCGCUGAUUUCCAGAAUCUUACAUGGGCCCUGUGAGAAGAUCGCCAGGAUAUUCCUGAUGGAAGCUGACUUGGGUGAAGAAGUUCCCCAUGAUGUCGCUCAGUACAUUAAGUUUGAAAUGCCGGUGCUGGACAGUUUUGUUGAAAAAUUAAAAGAAGAGGAGGAAAGAGAAAUAAUCAAACUGACCAUGAAGUUCCAAGCCCUGCGUCUGACAAUGCUGCAGCGCCUGGAGCAGCUGGUGCAGGCCAAGUAGCCACCCAGUGCCCGCCUCUUCCAAUGCCAGCAGCAGACAGUGCACCCUGAAUGCUGGUGGCCGGGCCCUGAUCAGUCACACUAAUGACUAGCCGCCUGAGGAAUCCAGCACCUGUGCUGUCACAUGUCCACCUGCCAGGGUAUCACAAGUCCCCAGCCCCUGGCUCUUCGCUCCAAGGCGAGCUCUCAUGGGACCCAGACACAGGAAUGGGUAGCUGGAACUUGUUGGGUGGUGUCUGCACGAGAGGCUGGUCUGGGCAGUGAGCAGCCCUGAAGAUGGCACCGGCCACAUUAUGUGGCUAGAUGGCAUGGUCUGUCCCAUUCACGCCACACCUCUCCUGCUUAGGAGAACAGUCCCUGACCCAGCCCCUGGGCGUGGGCUCCAUCUGCCUUCCCAGUGCCUGGUUCAGAGCUCCUGCAGGGCCACAGCCCCUGUCCCCAUCGUCCACAUGAACCACAAGACCCCAUCUGCCUUCACUUCAUGCUGCCACUUGGGACCUCUGCUGGGAAAAUGGGGGCUGCCAGUAGGUAUGGGAUGUGCCCUGCUCCCAGCCAUCACUUCACCAUGGCGUCCCCUGGUCCCUGGCCUCCAAGCCUCUGAUGUCACCCUGUGAGCCUCACACAUCCCAGUGCCCCAGGGCCAGAGGUCAGACCACGAAUAAGACCACGAUCAUCUCAUCUUUUCUCUGCAGCACUAAUUCUGAACUUCCUCAGCAAGAUCUGAAGGAACUCUCACAAAGAGCUCGCUGCAAAAAAAAUGCCAAUUUGAUCAUGUGGAGGAGGUGACCCACAUGGCAUUGGAAGGAUGACACCCCAUGUACACGAGAGUCCAGGGUCCAGAAGCUGCAGGGCAAUGGCUCAAGAAGGCUGUGCUCAGCCCCCAUCUUCACUGUCCCUCUCUGGGCUUGCAUCCCUCUGCCGUCAACGGGGUGGGAUGAAGAUAAAUGUUCGUUUGAGGAGAAAGGGCUUUGAAUUUCCUGGAGCCAGACACUGAACGAUUUGGGUUUGUCAGCUGAUGGAGAAUUUCUGGAAUGAACAAAAAGACCUUUACAAAACUAUGCAACAGUUUACAUCAGUUAUAUGAAAUGUUUGACAGCAAGCUGAAAGCCCAAUUCCUUUCUCACUAGGGCCUGUGGAUGGCAUACUGAAAGGGAAGAAUCAUAAAGGCUUCCAAAUACGGAUGAGAUUUUAUCUCUGCUCCAUGCAACCGCUCGUCACCAGUGCUCAUAAAGAACAGAGCUUAGGAGCAGCCGUGCUAUGUGGACCCCCUGUCAGGGUGGGCUUCAUGCCAGGAUGUCCCCCUCCUGACUUCAUCAUCACAGAGGCACACAGAGAGGUGCCUGGGCUGGCCCGCCACACUUCCUGUUGUCUGCUCUCCUUCAGCAGCACAGUUUCCUAGGUGCUCAAUAAAGGUGUGCUUACAGGA